AGCCAUUAAAAACGUGCUCGAGGUCAAGAUGAAUCUCAUUGAGAUAUACUGAAUUGUCACACUUUAACAGGUACAUGUUGUGCAAGGUUUCAAUAAAGUUGUGCAAAAUAAGCGUGAGAGCUCGGAAAACAUCGUUUCCCUCAUGACGAAAUACAUUUGGUUGUUGGUACUUUUUGGGAUUUGCAAAUCGGCAGCGACCCUCGAAUGCUACGACUGUCGAAAUGUAACCGAUGUCGCCAUCUGCAACCAAACACGUAUUUGCUCAACCACUGAGUCAUGCUACAUGCAGGCAGUUUUCCAGGCAAAUACUGAGCGCAAGUACACAUUAGCAUGCAAAGAUAACGACGUAAAUACAUUUUUGGAAUGCAAUAAAAAAGCAGCUAUAAUUUAUCGCACGAAUGCUGUUCCACGUCACUGUGCAACAAGGCACUGUGUAAUCACCCAAUAUCAACCACGUGCGUCGAUGAUCCAUCCGUUGAUUGCGCUAAGAUGAAUUCCAUAUUCAACGUUUGUGGAGAUAUCCACAAGGCCAAGUUGGUUUGCCAAAAAUUUUGCAAACUCUGCAAUCUCGUUGACGGCAAUUGGAACUGGUGGUUAUCUUGGAGCGGAUGUGACGUAACGUGCGCAAAUGGAACGCAAACACGGCAUCGAACGUGCACCGAUCCUGCCCCUCAAAAUGGCGGUCUUCAAUGUCUUGGGGAUGGGACUCAGAGUAAAACAUGUACUCUAGACGCUUGUCCAAUCCACGGUGGGUGGACCCAAUGGUCACCAUGGGGAUCGUGCUCAGUCACGUGCGAUGUUGGUAUGAAGAGGCGUGACAGGUCGUGUUCCAACCCAUACCCACGUCUUGGGGGAGACCAUUGCUUUGGAGACUCUCGGGAUGACCAAAUAUGCUAUGAACCCGGUUGUGCUGAUGGGAGCUGGUCUUCCUGGCAUAAUUGGAGUCAGUGCUCCGCCACGUGUGGCACUGGAAUUCAAGAAAGAAACCGAGAGUGUAGCAAUCCUAUACCGUCUCUACUUGGUAGAUAUUGUGACGGUAAAAACGUCGACAUCGUCACGUGUAGUUACAAACUAUGCAUAGGUUCCGAAACACUGUUUAUUGUGGGAAUGCCGAUGAUGGAAACCUGCAUCAUAAAUUACACAGAUUAUAAUAAAAGUUGUCAGCUUAAUUUUGGUGCAUUUAUUUCACAACCAAAUAGUCAAUUUCAACUUCAAACGGGAACAUUUACAUCCAACAAAUAUGGCAAUUAUUGGUUUCAGUGGAACUUUGACUUGACAGGAUCUUGUUACAUAAUGACAUGCGAUCUUAACAAAAAUAACAACAACAUAAUAACAGUUUUUCUCAAUAAUACAUAUCAUACGCAUGCGUCUUCCGGUGUGCGCGUACAAUUAGAUGCUCACGAUAUAGUCCAUUUCAGAGAAUGUAUUUGUCCACCGCAUCGUGCAGGACACAAUACUGAAGUACGAAAUCCGGAACUAGAGAUUGGCUCAACAUUUUCUGGAAUAUUAAUGCCUUAACUUUGAAUAAGGAAUACGUUCUUUAGUUUUAACGUAACAUUCGCCCCCCCCCCCCCAAAAAAAAAAAAAAUAAUAAAAAAAAAUGAUGUAACAGAAUUUAAACAAUAUUAUGUUAUAAAAGCCUUUCAACAAUAUUAUUGUUUAUACAACAUGUCAACUAUAGCGUCCAUGUAAUGGUAUUUUCAGCGUAUAUAAAGAAUCUAUAUAGAAUGACAGAUUCCAUAAAACUAUGUUUUCAUAUUAAAGCGAAGCUUAAUAACGACUUUUAUUUUAACUAUUUCCAAAUGAUGUUUUCACAGACCUUGUCUAAAGCAUACAAACAUUUUAUUUAUUGAAUCGCUUGUUCUUAUAAAUGUUAAUAUCUAAAUGAAAAUUUUGCUAAAACACACACAGCCUUCAAAUCAAAUAACUAUAAAAGCUAAGGAAAACAAAGACCAAUAUUAAAAUGCCAAAUCUUUCAAAACUAGUAGUAAUCAUAGCAUCCAAACAUAUAAUAUAUCUAUAUCUAUUUAAAAACAUCUACAUACAAAUAUGUUUGUGCGUGUUUAGAGUCUUUGUGACGCGUUCACAUAAGCAGAAAUAAUCAAACCAAUGAGAUCACAUUUUUUUUUGAUUGGGCGAGAGCUUUAACCUCGUUUUUUUUUAAUGAACAAAGAACUAUUCAACAAGUUUAUUGACGCACACAUCAGAUUUGUAUGUAAUAAGUUAAGUUAAUUGACGCACACACCGGAUUUAAACACUUGCACAACUUAUCUGAUUCCAGCGACUGACAAUGGAAAAUGUUAGCAGAUAUCCGUAACUUGGCGAAAAAAUAAGACUGCUAAAGAAAAACUUGAUUGCAUUUUUAGACAAAAUGUAAUGCGUAAACUUUAUUGUAUUUUUACGUCAACAAAAAUGUAUGUUCUAGUUUCGAAUAACAGGUGUGCGUUUUAGGUUGUUUAGUUUGGAAUGCCCACAAAGGAAACACGACCAUUUGUAACUUAAGCCUUGCUACUGAUUUGUGUUUGCUUACUUACCCAUACCAAUACUUGUAAUAAAUAAUAAAACUAAA